UUCCACGCGGCCGAAGCCCCUCGGCGAGCCCAGCGGGUGGAACAUUCCACUGCGGAGAAAGGCGGGGGGAGGGGAAUGUACUGAUCGGCGCCGAGCUGCGAGGCGGCUGCGAGCCGCCUGUGGCGGCCAUGACGCAGUCGGUGGUGGUGCAGGUGGGCCAGUGCGGGAACCAGGUGGGCUGCCGCUUCUGGGACCUGGCGCUGCGGGAGCACGCCGCCGUCAACAAGAAAGGAAUUUAUGAUGAAGCAUUAAGCAGUUUCUUCAGGAAUGUAGAUACAAGAAGUGCUGGUGAUGGCCCUGAUAUUUACAAAGGAAAAAUCUGCUCUUUAAAAGCACGAGCGCUGUUGAUUGACAUGGAGGAGGGCGUGGUAAAUGAAAUUCUGCAGGGACCAUUGAGAGAUGUGUUUGAUAGCAAGCAGCUUAUCACAGAUGUUUCUGGUUCAGGAAACAACUGGGCUGUAGGUCACAAGGUAUAUGGCUGUCAGUACCAGGAAAACAUUGUGGAAAAGCUGAGGAAAACUGCAGAACAUUGUGAUUGUCUACAGUGUUUUUUUAUCAUUCAUUCUAUGGGAGGUGGGACAGGAUCUGGUCUUGGAACUUUCGUACUAAAUUUGCUUGAGGAUGAGUUCCCAGAAGUAUAUAGAUUUGUUACUGCAGUUUAUCCCUCUGGUGAAGAUGAUGUUAUUACUUCUCCAUAUAACAGUGUUCUGGCUAUGAAGGAGCUUAAUGAACAUGCAGACUGUGUGCUACCAAUAGAGAAUGAAUCUCUGUUUGAUAUAGUUAACAAAAUUCAUCAGAUGAUGAAUUCUGGGAAGCUAGGGUCAACUGUGAAGCCAAACAGCUUGGUAACAUCAAGUGCAGGCAUUACGAAAGCUGUACAGGAGAAGCCAUUUGAUGCAAUGAAUAAUAUCGUAGCCAACUUGCUGCUGAACCUGACUAGCUCUGCUAGGUUUGAAGGUUCCCUUAACAUGGAUCUUAAUGAAAUCAGCAUGAAUUUAGUUCCAUUUCCUCGACUUCAUUACUUGGUUUCAAGCUUGACUCCUCUGUAUACACUGGCUGAUGUUAAUGUACCUUCUAGAAGGUUGGAUCAGAUGUUUUCAGAUGCUUUUAGUAGAGAUCAUCAACUAAUUCAAGCAGAUCCAAAGCAUAGCCUCUAUCUUGCUUGUGCACUUCUUGUUCGAGGAAAUGUGCAAGUUUCAGACAUUCGCAGAAAUAUUGAAAGGUUGAAGCCUUCCCUGAACUUUGUCUCAUGGAAUCAAGAGGGCUGGAAAACUGGUUUGUGUUCUGUACCUCCUGUGGGCCAUUCCCAUUCCCUUCUGGCUUUAGCAAACAACACCUGUGUGAAACCAACUUUUAUGGAACUCAGAGACAGAUUUACGAGGCUCUACAAGAAAAAGGCUCAUCUUCACCAUUAUCUGCAAGUAGAUGGGAUGGAGCAAAGCUGUUUUUCUGAAGCUGUAUUGUCUUUGUCUGACCUAAUAGAAGAGUAUAAUGAACUGGAUGCCACAAAAGGUGGGCCUAGAACAGAUCCAUCAAGACUGAAGAUAGCUGUGUGAAGAAGAACUAUGACUUAAAAAGAAAAAAAAAAAAAAGAAAAAACAUACAAUCACUUAAUUUAACCAGAAUGAAUUGCGGAGUGCCUGUCUAUUUAUUGUCAUUCCAAAGUGAGACUGGGACAACUGUUACCUCAGCUCUCUGAGAAGUGUCAUGCUAAGUGACAGGUCCAGCCUGUAAGAAAGCUUUGCAGGCACCUAAUUAUGGUGGAUAUCAGUAAGAACACUCUUCCUAACUGUAGAAUAAAUUCACAUACCAUAUGUUGCAAAGAGAAGAAAGAGAAGUUGUAGCAGCCAAGAAGGUAAUUCUUCUCUCAGGCUUUCACCUUACGGUAAACUAAAGGCAGGGCUUUAGUUCAAAGAAGGAUCACUGUUGCUAGGCUUUUUAUUUUUUUAAACUGCAGCAAUGAAGAGAAGAAAAGUCUGCAUAUUCUUUUCUUAAACUUUGCGGACCAGUAGAAAUUUCAGAAUGCUCUAAGCUAUGUUCACAGCUUCAACAUUUUCACUUCCUUCUUGUAGCUGCAUUAGAGCAUUCUCAAUUGCUAACAAAAUGUGAAUUACAGAAAAUUCACCAAAAUGCAUUUUCUUUCAAGUUUUUUUAUACUUGGAAUAUUAACAUGUUAUUUUAAUGAUUCAUGUUUAUGAAUGCGGAGUUGCACUUGAUAACGAGAUAAUACAGUAUACCUCUAAAUAAGUGAAACAUGCAUAUAAUAAAGACUCUUUGGAGAAGAAAAAAGUUUAUAUGCUUUAAAGAAUGCAAGUAAGAUGUUGUGAUUACCAGGGUAAGUAGAUUUGUAUAUUUCAAUGGAAACUUUUACAAAAUAAAAUGUGCAGCUAUUUCCAAUUA